UUAUUAUUUAGUUAUUACUCUUCCAUAUUUUUUAAUUUAAUAUUAUUCCUUAAUCAAUUUUCAUUUAACCCUUUUUUUUUAUUUUAUCAAUAAUCAAUUUUCAUCCACAUGAAUAAUUCAGUUGGCUCAAAUGAUAACAGGGACAGAUACAUAGAAUUUUGGAAGGAAUGUUUUAAGUUUGAAAUUUCUGAACAGUAGUACUAGAUUUCUAGUUCUAGCGAUGAAGUUGGAUCUUGAAACUUUUUAAUAAAUAACUCUAAACCAAGUACCAAAGUUGCAAACAUUAACAUAUAAUAGACGUAACAUUAGUUUAGUGAUUUCUAACGUUAGUAACAAUUUGUAUUGGUGAUUGGCAAUGAAGCGAAAUGAUCUUUAUCAAGCAAGUAAUAGUUUACGAGCAAACGGUUCUUCCAGAUGGAGGGACACCGGUUACAAUGUGUUCUCGAGAUCUUUCAGACAAGAAGAUGACGAUGAUGACGAAAAAGCAUUGAAAUGGGCAGCCAUUGAAAGACUUCCAACAUUUGCUCGCCUAAAGAAAGCUCUGUUGACCACCUCGCCUGGUGAGACAAGCGAAGUUGAUGUGCCUAAACUUGGGCAUGAAGAAAGGAAGAAAUUGAUGGAUAGGUUGAUUAAACAUACUGAAAAGGACAAUGAAAGUUUCUUGUUAAAGAUCAGACAGCGAGUUGACAGGGUUGGUAUUGAAAUUCCGAAGCUUGAAGUUAGAUAUGAACAUUUAAAAGUUGAGGCAGAAGCCUAUAUAGGAAGCAGAGCAUUACCUUCGUUUUUCAAUUUCUUUAUCAAUAAACUAGAGAGCAUUUUGCAUUGCCUGCAUUUGCUUUCUAGUAGAAAGAAACAGUUGUCUAUUCUUCGGGAUGUAAGUGGAACCAUUAGGCCAUGCAGAAUGACAUUGCUGUUGGGUCCUCCAAGUUCUGGAAAGACUACACUUUUGUUAGCGUUGGCAGGAAAGCUUAAUCGUGACCUAAAGUUUUCAGGGAGGGUCACAUACAAUGGGCAUGAAAUGAAAGAUUUUGUGCCACAGAGAAUUGCUGCAUACAUUUGUCAAAAUGAUCUUCAUCUCCCAGAAUGGACAGUAAGAGAAACCAUAGCCUUCUCUGCUAGAUGCCAGGGUGUUGGGCCCAGUUAUGAGAUGCUAGCAGAAUUGGCAAGAAGGGAGAAAGCUGCAAAUAUUAAACCUGAUCCUGAUAUUGAUGCCUUCAUGAAGGCAGCAUCCAUUGGGGAUCAAGAAACAAGUGUACUCACAGAUUACAUUAUUAAGAUUUUGGGACUAGAAAAUUGUGCAGAUACCCUGGUGGGGAAUGAAAUGAUUAGGGGUAUCUCAGGAGGACAAAGGAAGCGAGUAACAACCGGUGAAAUGUUGGCUGGACCAGCAAAACUGCUGCUCAUGGAUGAGAUAUCCACUGGCCUGGACAGUUCAACCACAUACCAAAUUGUCAAAUCGCUGAGGCAAAAAGUUCACAUUCUGAACGGAACUGCCUUCAUUUCUCUCCUACAGCCAGCACCAGAGACUUUCGAACUCUUUGAUGACAUCGUUCUCUUGUCAGAUGGCCAGAUUGUGUACCAGGGUCCCCGUGAAAAUGUGCUUGAGUUCUUCGAAUCGAUGGGUUUCAAAUGUCCAGCAAGAAAGGGUGUUGCAGACUUCUUACAAGAAGUUACAUCGAGGAAAGAUCAGAGACAGUAUUGGAAUCAAACUGACAAGGCCUACAGUUUUGUCACGGUGGAAGAAUUUGCGGUGGCAUUCCAAUCAUUCCAUGUGGGAAAAAGAUUGCAGGAUGAUCUUGCAACUCCCUUCGAUAAGAAUCGAAGUGAUCCUACUCUUUUGACGACCAAGAAUUAUGGUGUUAACAAAAGGGAGCUUCUCAAAGCUUGCUUCUCAAAAGAACUUUCGUUGAUGAAGAGGAACUCCUUCAUAUACAUCUUCAAGCUUAUACAGCUUGUAGUGAUGGCAGUGAUAGGAUCAACCGUCUUCCUGAGAACUGAAAUGCAUAAGAAGACUCCAACUGAUGGGAUAGUUCAGAUGGGUGCUGUGUUCUUCUCUGUAUUUAUGUUCAUGUUUAGUGGAUUAUCAGAGCUUGCCAUGACUGGUCUUAGGCUUCCAGUCUUCUUCAAGCAAAGGGACAACUUGUUCUAUCCUGCCUGGGUAUAUGCCCUCCCUACGUGGAUCUUGAACAUUCCUAUAUCAUUCAUCGAGGUUGCCCUCUGGGUGGUAGUCACCUAUUACGCCAUGGGCCUGGAUCCUGAUAUUUUUAGGUUUUUGAAGCAGUUUCUUUUGCUGGUGCUAACGAACCAAAUGUCUUCUGCGCUGUUUCGACUAGUUGCAGCAUUGGGUAGGGAGAUGACUGUUACUAACACAUUAUCUUCAUUUUGUCUGCUUGUUCUUUUUGCAAAUUGUGGAUAUGUCUUGUCUCAAGAUGAGGUUAGGAAAUGGUGGAUCUGGGCUUAUUGGAUAUCACCUAUGAUGUACUCCCAGAAUGCUAUAGUAAUUAAUGAGUUCCUUGGAGAGAGCUGGAAUCAUGUUCUCCCAUUUACAACCGAAAAGCUAGGAGUUUUAGUUUUGAAGUCUCGCGGGUUCUUUUCAGAAGCCUACUGGUAUUGGAUAGGAGUUGGCGCAUUGGUGGGAUUCAUAUUAGUAUUAAAUUUCUUAAAUACCCUGGCUCUCACUUAUCUCAAUCCCUUGGAUGAAAUCCAGAGGGUAAAAUCAGAAGAUCAAAACAAUGAAGAUGAUGAUAGAAAUGGAGUAGAUGCUCAGCUGCAGCACAAGGGAAGCAACACUGACCUGUUGAGGACAGAAGCUGAUCCGGAUAAAAUACAGUACAGGGAAAAGGGCAUGAUUCUUCCAUUUCUGCAACACUGCAUUACCUUUGAGAAGAUUGUUUAUGCAGUAGAUAUGCCUCAGGAAAUGAAGGCCCAGGGAGUGACUGAAGAUAGAUUGGUGCUUUUGAGGGGGAUAACCGGUGCUUUCAGGCCUGGUGUUCUCACUGCCCUGAUGGGUGUUAGUGGAUCUGGUAAAACCACUUUGAUGGACGUACUGGCUGGUAGGAAAACUGGAGGGUACAUUGAGGGAAGCAUCAAAAUUUCUGGGUUCCCGAAAAAGCAAGAAACAUUUGCUCGUAUAUCUGGCUACUGUGAGCAAACUGACAUCCAUUCCCCUCAUCUAACGGUCUAUGAAUCAUUGCUUUACUCGGCUUGGCUCCGGUUAUAUCCUGAAGUGAAUUCUGAAACCAGGAAGAUGUUCGUUAAGGAAGUCAUGGAACUCGUUGAACUGACCCCCUUGAGGCAAGCUUUAGUUGGAUUGCCUUGUGUAAGCGGUUUGUCACUCGAGCAGCGCAAGAGGCUAACUAUUGCGGUUGAGCUAGUUGCCAACCCUUCAAUAAUUUUUAUGGAUGAACCAACUUCAGGGCUUGAUGCAAGAGCUGCUGCAAUUGUUAUGAGAACGGUUAGGAACACAGUAGACACUGGAAGAACAGUUGUAUGUACCAUCCAUCAACCUGGCAUUGAUAUAUUUGAAGCUUUUGACGAGCUAUUGUUAUUGAAGCAAGGGGGACAAGAGAUAUAUGUAGGGCCAUUGGGUCACAAUUCAUGUGACAUGAUAAAGUACUUUGAGGGAAUUGAGGGAAUCAGCAGAAUAAAAGACGGCUAUAACCCAGCAACUUGGAUGUUAGAAGUUUCAACUCCGGAGCAGGAGAUGGCUUUGGGGGUUGAUUUUGCUGAUUUAUACGAAAGUUCAGAACUGCACAAGAGAAAUAAAGCACUUAUUGAACAAUUGAACGUGCCUUCUCCUGGUUCAAAACAACUUCAUUUCCCAAGUCGGUACUCGCGGUCAUUCUUCUCGCAGUUCUUGGUUUGCUUAUGGAAACAACGAUGGUCAUACUGGCGAAAUACGUCAUACACUGCCGUAAGAUUUUUCUUCACCACUGUCAUAGCCUUAAUGUUUGGAACAAUGUUCUGGAACGUUGGCUCCAAAAGAACAAGAUAUCAAGACCUCUUUAAUUCAAUGGGUUCUAUGUAUGCCGCUGUUCUCUUUCUUGGUGUCCAAAAUGCUGCCAGUAUACAACCAAUAGUCCACAUCGAGCGAACGGUCUUUUAUAGGGAAAAAGCCGCUGGAAUGUAUUCACCUAUGGCCUAUGCUUUUGCACAGGUUGUUGUGGAGCUACCAUAUAUCUUAGUGCAAGCAGCGACUUAUGGCAUCAUUGUGUAUUCAAUGAUGGCAUUCGAAUGGAGUGCUGCUAAAUUCUUAUGGUACAUAUUCUUCAUGUAUUUCACAUUGCUAUACUUCACCUUCUUUGGCAUGAUGACCAUGGCUAUAACACCAAACUUCCACGUUGCUGCAAUCAUUUCCACUGCAUUUUAUGGGCUUUGGAAUCUCUUCACAGGAUUCAUAGUCCCUCGCACGAGAAUUCCGAUAUGGUGGAGGUGGAACUAUUGGAUUUGCCCGAUGGCUUGGACUUUGUAUGGAUUGAUAGUGUCACAGUAUGGUGAUGUAAAGGAUGUCCUUGAUGCAGGAGAAACCACUGAAGAGUUUCUGAAGAAAUAUUUUGGUUUCAGGCAUGAUUUUGUGGGCGUGGUUGCUGCUGUGAUCGUUGGAUGGGCAUUGCUUUUCGCUUUUUUGUUUGCGGUAUCCAUCAAAUUAUUCAAUUUUCAAAGGCGAUAGGGAAGGCUUAAUACGAGUUGGUUCCAUUGAUUUUUGUAUAGGAUUUCGAUACCAAAUACGAGGAUAUAGAAACAUGGGUUCACUUAGUCUCUACUUAUAACUAUAUUGCUUAUUUACUCUCUCUGCAUUUAAUAUAUAUUAUUGGAUAAACUCUACUCAUGGUCAGUUUAAAA